AAUAUUACUUCCUUUAGGCACGAUUAACUAGUUCUUGCAACUCCUGUUCAUCACCAUCAUUAAAAGCGUCCUGUUGAUUCUGACUCUAUUGCUUCGUGUAGCAUUUACAGUGUUCCAUUUGUCGAUUAGGAAGUCUUCACAUACAAAUUUUGAAAAUGGGAACUAGAGUUUAUAUUGGUAGAUUAUCCCAUCAUGCUCGAGAGAAAGAUGUUGAAAGAUUUUUCAGGUCUUAUGGCAGAAUUCGGGAUGUUAUGCUGAAAAAUGGCUAUGGAUUUGUUGAAUUUGAUGACCAUAGAGAUGCAGAUGAUGCUGUUUAUGAAUUAAAUGGAAAGGAUUUGUGUGGAGAAAGAGUUAUAGUCAAUCAUGCUAGAGGACCAAGGGGAGGUGAUGAUUAUAAUCGUAGAGGAGGAGGAGGGGGUGGUGGGAGUUAUUCCCGUGGAAGAGGUGGUCGUGGAUUUGGAGGAGGAUAUGGUGAUAGAAGGGGUGGUGGAGGAGGAAUGAGGAAUGAUAAGUACGGACCACCAACCCGAACUGGUUACAGAGUCUUAGUUGAAAACCUUUCAUCACGAGUUAGUUGGCAGGAUCUGAAAGAUUAUAUGAGACAAGCUGGUGAAGUAACAUAUGCUGAUGCUCACAAGAAACAGAAGAAUGAAGGUGUUGUAGAGUUUGCCACAUCUUCAGAUAUGAGAAAUGCCUUGGAGAAACUAGACGGUACAGAGAUCAAUGGUAGAAAGAUCAGACUCGUUGAAGAUGGUCCUAAGAGGGGUAGCAGAAGUCGUUCCAGGGACAGGCGAAGUCCUUCAAGGAGUAGAUCUCGAAGUGAUAGUCGUAGCAAAUCCAGGAGUCGAAGUGGCAGUAGAACUGGUAAACUGGACUCCAGAUCUCGUUCAAAGAGCCCUGUGUAAUAAUCCUUAUCAUUGACUUUAAAGGAGUAUAUUUUUUAACUACCGUUGAAAAGUAUUAACAAAUUGCUAUGAAUAACAAGUGUAAAUAUUCAUUGUCCUCACGUUUUUUUUUUUAUUAUCAAUGUUUGUUUCACCUUUGAAAUAGAAUAUUAAAUUAACAACCAACACUCGGUUGGUAAUUAUAUAUUGAUGAUUAAAUAUAAAUGACCAAAUACAAGGUCUUUGAUAAUUAAUCUUCCUUAAUCAAAUGUAGUAAAUAUAUGUAAAUGACUGCUUGAAGAGACGAUCAUGUAACUUUAAUAUAUUUGUUUUUAUUUUAGUUUUGUUAUAUACCUUGUCUAGUAAAUCUUGCUGUUCAUUUUAUUUUUACAUGCAAUUUCUUCAUUGAAUUUUGAUCAUCUUUUUUCUUUUGUUUAGUCCAUUGUCAUUGUAUGAGUAUGUUGUCUGUGUUGAAAAAGGAGCGUGUAUAAAAUGAGAUUUCAGUGCUGAGACAAAAGGUGUAUAACUAUUUGUAUACAUUUUGUAGUAUUUAUGUCUUAUAGAAAUAAACGUUUGUUUGGACAAAA